AUGCUGAAGCCUCAGCAGCGAGUCAGGAGGACCUUCACUCCUCCCCCGGCCUCGGGGUGUACAUACACCUCAGACUCUCAUCGACGUUACAGCAGCACAGACACCCCACAGAUCCUGCAGCAGCAGCAGCAGCAACUGCAGCAACAACACGAGCUGCUGUUGCUGUCUCAGAGACAGCCUCCUAGUUUUUACUCGACCCUAAGUGCAACGCAAGCUGCUGCUGCUGCUGCUGCUGCUGGUGAGAUCCGCACUCCUCAGCACCGCCUGCAGCAGCAGCAGCAGCAGCAGCAGCAGCAGCAGCUGGCUGCUGGAGUACGAGGGACAUCACUGAGGCGUUUAUCCCCGUGCCAAGAAUGUGUAAAGCUUCGUGCAGAGGUGGAGUUCCUGCAGCAGCAAAAUAAUUUGCUGCGCGGCGAAGUCUACAAAGCAGCAAAAGACCUGCAGCAAAAAGACAGAGACAUCAGAGAGAGAGAUUCUCAAGUACAAAUGCUGCAGGCGCAAGUUAAGAGCCUGUCUUCGCAGCUGGAUUGGUUGUCUGCUGCUGCUGCUGCUCGAGGAGGAGCGGAUCCAUCAGCAGCAGCAGCAACAGAUUCUGCUGCUGCAGGCGCAACCCAUGCAGCAGCAGCAACUGAAAAUGCAGCGACAGCAGCUCCUGCUGCUGCUGCUGCUGCUGCUGCAGGAGACACCGCACCUCAGCGAAGCAGCAGCAGCACCGGCAGCAGCAGCAGCAGCAGCAGCAGCAGAAGUUACUCCAUUGUUAAACCUGAGGCCUCGCGCGAUGCCUCAGCGAGUUCAGAAGCAAGUGCAGCCCUGUCCACGGCUGCCACUUCGCUGCAGCAAAUCGGCAGCGACUCGCAGCAGCGGUCUGCUGUCAGCAGCAGCAGCAGCAGCAGCAGCUGUUCGUUGCCUUUAGACGAGCAGCAGUCAGCAGCAGCAACAGAUGCAGUAAAGGCGAACAGGGAGCUGCAGCAGCAGCUCAAGGUCGCCAGAGAAAGUUAUGAAAAGCAGCAGCAAGAGCUGCUGCUGCUACAGCAGCAGGCGCAGCAGACAGCAGCAGCAAUGCAGCCGCUGCAGCAAUUCAGGAGACGCGCCUCCCGAAAGAUUCGCCGCUUAGCAGCAGAGCUGCAGCAAUCGCACCAGCGUGCUGCAGCAGAAGAGCAGCAGCUGCUGCACAAGGCUCAGGAGGCAGUGCUGCUGCGAGGGGCCCUCAGCAGCAAACGAGAGGAGCUGCUGCGUCGCUGCAGCAGCGACGCGUCGCUGCAACAGCUGCAGCAGCAGCUGCUGCAGUGGGUUGAAGAAGCAGCAGCAAGUGCAGCAGCUCGCGCUCAAGCAGCAAGGAAAGGAGCAGCAACGCGCACUGCUGCACAGCAGCGCCUGCUGCUGCUGUCGCUCUCGGGCAGCAGCAGCAGCGGCAGCAACCCAAGCAGCUUGCUGCAGGACUCCCUUCCUAUUUCGAGUGGUUCUGGUGCUUCAGCUAGUAGUGAAGGCCAGCGGCAACGUGGGGAGCUGCGUAGACACCCCGCAGCAUCACGAGGGAUUACGCAAAGAAGAAUGCAGCGGCUGCGGAUUUUGUAUAGAGAGCGGCUGCUGCUGCAGCAGCGUGUGGUCUCCUUAGAGCAGCAGCAGCAGCAGCUGCUGCAGCAGCUUGAGCAACAGCAACAGCAGCAGCGCGAACCGCUGCCGCAGCAGCAGCAGCAGCAGCAUUCUUCUCGUCAUGAAAAUCAGGAGCAGCAGCAGCAGCAGCAGCAGCAGCAGCAGCAGCAGCAGCAGCGGGAGCAGCAGCUGGAGGCCGAGCUGCAAGAUAUGAAGGAGACACACAGUUUGCUGCUGUCGCGCGCAGAGACAGUAAUGCAGCACUUGAAUGAAAUAACGCAUCAGUACUCGCUGCUGCAGCAGCAGCAUGAUGAACUGCAGCAGCAGCACCAGCAGCUGCAGCAGCAGCACCAGCAGCAGCAGCAGCAACGUCAACACGUGCUGCAGGAACAAGAGCAACUGCAGCACCAGCACCAGCAACUGCAGCAGCAACACCAGCAACUGAGGCAGCAACAUGAACAACUGCAGCAGCAGCACGAACAGCAGCAGCAACAUGAACAACUGCAGCAGCAACAGCAGCAGCAAGAGCACAGGUUAGAGUUGCUGCAGCAGCAGGCGGAUGAAUUACACCAGGAAGUGCUGCGGCGGGAGCAGCAGUUGCAGCAGCUGCAGCAGCAGCAGCAAACCGAGCAACAGGCGCUACAAAGGCUGCAGCAACAAGGUAAAGCUGCAGCAGCUGCUGCAGCAGCCGAUGCAGCAGAACAUGCAAAGGAGCAGCAGCAGGUGAUGAGUCACGAACUGCAGCAGCAGCAGCAGCAGCUGACUGAACGCGAAGCUGCGCUGCAGCAGCAGCUUCAGGAGGUGCAGCAGCAACGCGCCCAACUGCAGCAGGAAAGAACAGAGCUGCAGCAGCAAACACAAGAAGUUAAACGGCAGCAGUUGCUUCUGCAGCAACAGCAGCAGCAACAACAGCAGCAGCAGCAGCAACUAGAUGAGGAGCGCGAAGUGCUGCGGCAGCGAGAACGUGAACAGCAGCAGCUUGCUGCCGCUGAAGACAAGAAGGUAGAGCAGCAAGAACAGCAGCAACAGCAAAUGCAGCAGCUCGAAGCACAGCUAGAGACGCAAAAGCAACUAGUCCAGCAGCAGCAGCAGCUGCUGCAGCAGCAGGAGCAACAGUUGCAGCAGCAGGAGAAGCAGCUGCAGCAGCAGGAGCAGCAGCUACAGCAACAAGAACAGGAACUGCAGCAGCGAGACUCUGAAAUGCAGCAGCAAGAACAGCACAGCAAAGAGGAGCUGCUGCUGCAGCAGGUGCAACAGCAACAACAGCAGCUGCAGCAGCAGGGCCAGCUGCUGCAGCAGCAGGAGGAGCAGCUGCAGCAGCAAGAAGAACAGCUGCAGCAGCAAGAACAGCAGCUCCAGCUGCUUGAACACCAGCUGCAACAGCAGGACCAGGAGUUACGGCGAGAAGGUUUGCUGCAGCAGCUGCAGCAGCAAAACGUGCAGCUGCAAGGGGAUGUUCGGUCGCUGCAGCAGCAACUGGAGGCCAGCGGCGCAGCACAGGAGCUGCUGCUGCACAAGGCAGAGGAGCAGCAGCAGCAGCUGCAGGUAGCAGCAGAAGAGAAGGCUGCGCUGCUGCAGCGUGCUGCUACACAGCAGCGAGAAGCAGCAGCAGCAGCAGCAGAAGCAGAGGCUCUUAGAGGGAGAUGUGAAGAGCUGUCUAUACAGCUGAGAGACGCGGAGGAAAACGCAGCAGCAGCAGCAGACGGCGAGCAGCAGCUGCAGCAUGAGGUACAGCAGAUGCAGCAAGAGCUUGCAACGCUGACAGAGAGACUCACAACAACCCAAAGGCAAGAGCUGGAGCAGCUGCAGCAGCAGCUGCAGCAGCAAGGAGUAGCAGCAGAAGCAGCAGCAGCAAACGCUCAGUUCAGCCGCAUGCGCCAGGUGAUGGACCUGCAGCAGCUGCAGCUGCAGCAGCAGCAGCAGCAGCUGCAGCAGCAGCAGCAGCUCAUAGACGAGCUUCACACGCAGCAACAAGAAAGAGAAGAAGACAUCAAGAGGCGUAUGAAGCAGAAUGAAGAGCAGCAGCAGCGGCUGCUGCAGCAGCUGCAGCAGGAGAGGGAGCGCACUGCAUCAGCAGCAAAGAGGCAGCUGCAGCAGCAGCAAGAGCACCAGCAAGAAGCACAGGGCCUUCGUGUGUCGUUAGCAGAUAAGGAUGAACUGCUGCAGCAGCAGCAGGAGCAGCAGCAGCUGCUGCAGCAGCAAGCAGCAGAGCUGCGCCAUGCCCUUGAGGAGCAGCAAAGAAGCAGCGAGUUGCUGGAGCAGCGACUUCAGCAGCAGCAGCUUGAUGCUAGAGAAGCUCGCGCUGCAGCACGGCAGCUGGAAGACAUCUGCAUGCAACUGAGGGAGCAGCUGCAGCAGCAAACGACGGAGUUCGAGGCCUUGCAGCAGCAGCACAGCAGCCUGCUGCAGCAACACCAGCGGCAGUGUGAUGAGCUCGAGGAGCUCCAGCAGCAGCACACUGCCUUGCUGCAGCAGCAGCAGCUGCUGCAGCAGCAGCUGCAGCAAUCCGCUAGCGAGCUCGCGAGCCUUCAGUCGUUAGCUGAGACGAUGGAGCAGCGUGCUGCGGUGUCACUGCUGCAGCAACACUCAGCAGCAGCAGAGCCGCAGCAGCAGCAGCAGCAGCAAAAGGAGCAAGAACAGGAUACAGCUGCAGCACCGCGGGCAACAGAAGAACAGCAGCAGCAACAGCAGGAGCAGGAGCAGCAGCAGCAAGAGGAGCAGCAAGAUGGCGCUGACAGGGAGCAGGACGAGGAGGAGGAGCAGCAGCAGCAGCAAAGGCGGCAGCGCUCUGUAGAGAAGCAGCUGCAGCACGUGCAGCAGCUUUACCAGCAGCUGCAAGAAGAAUUUGCUGCAGCGCAGCAGCAGCAGCAGCUGCUGCAGCAGCUUUAUGAUCGCCAGUCGCGCGACUUUGUGAGUGCUGUACGCAGAGCAGGGAAAGCAGAAGAGGAGCUGCAGCUGCUGCAGCAGCAGCUGGAAGCUAGACAGAAGCGCAGCAGCAGCAGCGCGCAGCAGCAGCAGCAGCAGCAGCGGCAGCAGCAGCAAACGCACGAGAUGGAACUCAAAGCAGUCAAAUUAGAGCUGCGCAGCAGCCAGGCAGAAGCAGCAGAGAUUGGUGAGAAGCUGAUAGCAACGGAGAAGCAGCUGCAGCAGCUGCAGCAGCAGCUGCAGCAGCAAGUAGACAGUGAACGAAGCGCAGCAACACAGCAGCUGCAGCGCAAGGCGGAGCAGCUGCGAGCAGAGCAGCAGCAAAAUCAGCAGCUGCAGCACCAAAUCGCAGCAGCUCAGCUUGAGAACCAGCAACUGCAGCUGCUGCUGCAGCAGGAGCGCAGCAGAUUGGAAGAGCUGCAGCAGCAGCACGCAGCAGCAGGCGACCUCAAAGCUGAGUUGUCCGCUGAGGCUGCUAGUCUUAGACAGCAGCUGCAGCAGCAGCAGCAGUUGCAGCAACGGCAGCAGCAGCAGCAAGAGGAAGUGCUGCAGCAGUUGCAGCAGCUGCAGCAGCAAGCUGCUGCUGAGGGAGAGGAGAUGCAGAAGCGCCACGAAGAGCAGCAGCAGCUGCUGCAGCAGUCGCUGCAGCAAGCGCAGCAAGCUGAAGCAGAAAGCCGCGCUGCGCUGCAGCAGGAGGUCGCAAGGCUGCAGCAGCAGCAGCAGCAGUUGCUGCAACAGCAGCAGCAGCACGCAGCAGCGCGGGAGCAGCGACAGCAGGCCCGUGAGCAGGAGCUGCUGCAGGAGGCAGCAGAGCUGCAGCAGCAGCAGCAGCAGCUGCAGCAGGAGCUGCAGCAAUCCGAAGCAAAAAGCAACGACUUAGCAGCACAACUACAAGAGACAGAGCAAAAACUUCACCUGCUGUCGUCUGAAGCAGAAAGGCAGCACUUAGAGCUGCAGCAGGAGAUGGUAGAGCUGCGCAUGCGGCUAGAUGCUGCGCUGCGUGCAGCAGCAGCAGCAAACGAGCAACUGCAGCAGCAGCAGCGGGUCGCUGAUCAGCUCCGCCAACGCCUGCAGCAGCAGCAGCAGCAACAACAAGAACAAGAACAAACCUAUGAGCGCAACGCGCAGCAGCAGCAGCAACAACACGAGCAGCAGCUGCAGCAGCAGCAGCAGGAGGCACAGGACCAACUGCAGCAGCAGCAGGAGCAAAUACAGCAAAUGCUGCAGCAGCAAGAGCACCUCACCAAGUCUCUAUCCGAGACGCGGGAGCGCAGCAGCAAAGAGCAGCAGCAGCUGCUGCUGCUGCAGAGAGAAAACAAACAGCUGCAGCAGCAGCUGGACGAGGCUUCUGCUGCACUUGCAAGCCGCGCUGCUGCUGCAGCAGAGCAGCAAGAGCAGCAGCAGAAGCUCGCUGCUCAACUGCAGCAGCAGCAGACGUUGGCAGAGCAGCAAACCACUCUGCUAGAAGAGCAUCAGCAGCAGGAAGCGCUGCUGCUUCAGCGGCUGCAGCAGCAGGAGGAGCUGCAGAAACAGCAAACAGAGCAGCAGAAGCAGACAGAGCUGCUGACUGAGGAGCAGCAAAGGGAAGCACAGCAGCUGCAGCAGCAACUCCAGCAGCAACUCCAGCAGCAACAACACAAGGUACAGCAGCAGCAAAAGCAAAUCCAGCAGCAGCAGCAGCUGCUGCAGCAGCUUCAGGCACAACUGCAAGAACGCAUGCUGCAGUCAGAGGAGGAGCAGCAGCAGCUAAAGUCGCAGCAGCAGCAGCUGCAGCAACAGCAGCAGCAAAUCAAACUGCAAAAGCAGCAGCUGCAGCAGCUGCAGCAGCAGCAGCAACAAGCAGCACAAAGAGAGCACCAGCAGCAGCAGUUGCUGCUCGAAAGCCGCAGCGAGCAUCAGCGCAUCUACGCAGCGGAAGCGGAGGCGCGGCAGCAGCUGCAGCAGCAGCAGCAGCAGCUGGAGAAGCAGCAGCAACAGCUGGAGGAGCAGGAGCAAAAGCUGCAGCAGCAGCAGCAACAGCUGAAGCAGGAGCACGAGGAGCGCGCAGCGGAGGCAGAGCAGCAACAGCAACAGCAGCAGGAGGCGCAGCAGCAGCGCCUGCUGCUUGAAGAGCGGCUGCAGCAGAUGACUGCAGCAUCAGCAGAACAAAGCGCGGAGCUACAGCAGCUGCUGCAAUCCCAAUCACGCGCAGCAGCAGAUAUGAAACACAUGCAGCAGCAGCGUCAGCAACUGCAGCAACAGCUGCAGGAGCUGCAGCAGGACCAGCAGCAGCAGAAGCAGCAGGCUGCUGCAGCUCUCGCCGCCGCCGAAGCAGAGCUUGCUGCAGCAAAGCAGCAGUUGACGUUGAAGGAAGAGGCGCAGCAGCUGCAGCAGCAGCAGCUGCAGCAGCUGCAGCAGAUCCUGAGUGACGUGCAGGAAGGCCGUGCUGCUGCUGAGAGCGAGCUAGCUGCAUCUAAGCACCGGGAGGAGAGCGCGGAGAGGCAGCAGCAGCAGCAGAUGCUGCUGCUGCAGCAGCAGCAACAGCAGCUAGACAGACAGCGCCAGCUAGCUAACACAAGAUACGAAGAGAACUUGUCUUUGCAGAGGCAGCUGCAGCAGCAAAAGACUGCAGCAGCAAAGCAACUACAGCAGCAAAAGACAGAGGCUGAGCAGCGGCAUGCGCAGCAGCUGCAGCAGCUGCAGCAGGAGCUUCAGCAGCAGGCCCAGCAGCAGAAGAAGACGAAGAAGCAGCAGCAGCAGCAGCUUGAAGAGCUGCAGAAGCAAUAUCAACGCCUGCAAGAAGGGCAUAAGGAGCAGCAGCUUUCGUAUGAGGCCAAGGAGAAGCUGCUGCGGCAGGAGGUGCAGCAGCUGCAGCAGGAGGUGCAGCAGCAGCAGCAGCGGGCUGAGGACCUCGCCAGGCAGGUAGAGGAGGCAGCAGCAACAGCAGCAGCACAAGGGAAAGAGUUGCAGGAGCUGCAGCAAGCAUAUGAUGAGGCUUUAGAGAGGGCAGAGCAGCUGCAGCAGCAAGGGCAGCAGCUGGAGGAGCAGCUGCAGCUUGCUGAGGAGCAGCAGCAACUGCUGCAGCAGCAGCAGCAGCAGGAGCAGCAAGGUCUAGCAGAUACCAUUGAAAUGCAUCGCCAGGCAGCAGCAAAUGCAGAGCAGCGGAGAGACGAGCUGUAUACUCAGCUGCAGCAGCUGCGGCAGCAGCAGCAGCAGCAGCAAACCGAGGUGCGCACGCUAGCAGCAGAAAAGGAAGAGCUGCUGCAGCAAGUAGAUGAAGCAACAAAGGCGCAGGACGGCCUUAGUGCCCAGCUAUCUGCAGCAGAAGCAGCAGCAAACUUGCUGCAGCAGCAAAACAAGCAGCUUGAGGAACAGCUGCAGCAGCUGCCAGCAUUGCAAGAGGCCGCGCAGCAGCGGCAGCUACUGCAGCAGCAGCAGCAGCAGUGGCUUACCCAGCAGCGGCAGCAGCAGCAGCAACUGAGGGCAGAGAAAGACAAGCUUGAGCAGGACAGCAGGGCGUUGAGGAGACAGCUUCGGCUGCAAGAGCAGCAGAUUGCUUCGCUGCAGCAGCAGAUGCAAGCAGCAGAAGCAGCUGCAGCAGCAAGAGAGGAGCAGCAGGAGCAGCAGCGCGCCUCGCAGCAGGCGCAGCUGGAGCAGCUCGAGAGGCAGCAGCAGCAGCAGCAGCAGCAGCAGCAGCAAAUCACCGACCAGCUAGAGAUAGCGCAGCAAACUGCAAGGGAAAAAGAAAGAGUUAUUCAGGGCCUUCAAGGCGAGAGGGACCUGCUGCAGCAGCAGCUGCAGCAGCAGCGGGAGCAGCAGCAGCAGCAACAGCAGCAGCAGGAUGAAACUCGCCAGCAGCUCGCCGGAGUAGCCGAAACGCAGCAGCAGCUGCAGCAGUUGCAGGAGCUGCAGCAAGCAGCAGCAGCAGCAGAGCAGCAGCUAGCCAAGAUAACAAGACAGCGCAACUCCCUUGAAGCUGCGAAGCAGCAGCAGCAGCAGCAGCUGCAGGCUCACAUCGGCCGCCUAGAGCAGCAGGUGAAGCAGCAGCAGCAACAGCUGCAGCAAGUGAAGCUGGAGCUGCAGCAAAGGGAGCAGCAGUGUGAGGAUCUGGAGGGGCGUCUGCAGCAGCAGCAGCAACAGUGGCAGCAGCAGCAGCUGGACUGGGAAGAGACGCAGCAGCAGCUGCAGCAGCAGUUGCAGUUUGCUGCUGCAGAUAGAGACAAACUGCAGCAGGAGAAAGAGCUGCUAGAAGCAGAAGCAGGGGUGGCAGAUGGUGCUGUACUGCAGCAAUCGCGGAUGUAUGAUGAACAGCAGCAGCAGCAGCUGCUGCAGCAGCAGCGGCAGCUAAGCGAGCUGCAGCACCAAAUGCGCAUGCAGCAAAUGCAGCAGCAGCAGCAGCAGCGCGAAAUCGCUUACUGGAGCGCUCGGGCGGAGACAGCAGAACAGCAGCUAGCAACAAAGCGGCAGCAGCUAGUUGAAGUGCAGCAGCAAUUGCAGCAACAGCGGCAGCAGCAUCAGCUGCUGCAGCAGCAACAGCAGAUAGAGCGGCAGCAACUCAAUGAAGAGCUCAAUGCCAGUCGCCUGCAGCUGGAUGCUGAUGCUGCGGCGCAGCAGCAGCUGCUGCUGCUGCAGCAGCAAGUAGCAGCAGCAGCAGAGGAGACAGCUCUCCUACAAGACCGCCUGGCUGCGGAGACAGCGCGUGCUGCGCAUUUCAGUGCAGAAGCAGAGAAGCUGCAGCAGCAGCUGCUGCAGCAGCAGCAGGAAGCAGCUCGUGCUGCAGCGCGCCUUGCUGCAGCCGAGUCCAAGUACGACAUGCUGGCAACCUUCCAGCAGCAGCAGCAGCAGCAGCAGCUGCAGGAUCAGCAGCAGAGGCUGCUGCGCCAACAGCAGCAGCAGCAACAGGAGCAGCAGCAACAGCCGGAAGCAGCAGUUGCUGCAACACUGCUUGGGGAAGUCGAUGGGCUGCGUAUGAUGCUGCGUGCAGCGCAGCAGACGAACACGGAGGCUCUGCAGCAGCAGCAGCUGCUGCUGCAGCAGCAGCGCGAAGAUGCAGCAAAGCUCAAUGGGGCCCUCUCGCAGCUGCAGCAGCAGGAGGCUAUCGCCCAGAGGGAGCAGAGGAAGGCGCAGCGGCUGCAGCAGCAACUGGAGCAGCAGCAGCAGGAAAUGCAGCACCUCCAGCAGGUGGUAGCUGAGCUAGACACAUACACCAGAGACCUGCUCCUGCAGCAGCAGCAACAGCAGCAGCAGCAGCAACAGCAGCAGCAGCAGCAGCAGCAACCAUUCUCUAUCAGCCAACGAGGAGCCGUUGAGAGCGACCUCGCUGUCCUCACUGACACCGUCAAAGAGCUGCUAGGAAGGAUAGAGCAGCAGCAGCAAAUGCUGCAGCAGCAGCACGUGCUGCUGGAAGAGUCUCGCAUGCAGCAGCAACAACUGCAAGACUCGCGACUGCAGCAACAGCAGCAGCAGCUCCAGCCAGACUUGAACGACAGCACUGCAGCAGCUCCUGUCUCCGCAGUGGAGACGGUUUUGCAGCGGCGCUGCAGAGAGCAGCAGCAGCAGCUGCUGCUGCUGCAGCAGCAGCUGUGGCAAGCAGACGAGGAGGUUGCGCUGCUGCGGCAGCAGCAGCAGCAACAGAUUCUCGGCGCAAGCGCCUUGGGGGAGCAGCAGCAGCAGCAGCUGCUGCUGCUGCAGCAGGUGCAGGCAGAAGCAGCGAACCUGAGGAGACAGCUGGGGAGAGAGCAGCAAUUGAAGGCAGCAGAAGCAGCAGAAGCAACGGGGCUGCGGCAGCAGCUGCAUGCACUGCGCCGUCGACAGCAGCAGCAGCAAGCCGCAGCACUGGAGCAGCAGGACGCGCUUGCUGCAGCAAACGCCCGCGAACGUCAGGCGCAGCUGCUGCUGCAGCAAGAGCAGCAGCAGCGGCAGCAGCUUGAGCUGCUGCUAAGAAACAUAGAAAGUAAUGGGGAAGCGGAGAGGCUUUCGCUGCAGCAGCAGCUGCAGCUGCUAGAUGGUCGCUGCCAGGUGCUGCAGCAGGAGGCUGCGCUGCAGCAGCAGCAGGUUGCUGCUGCUCAGCAGCAGCAGGAACAGCAGCAGCAGCAGCAGCAGGAACAACAGCAGCUGCUUCAGCAGUACAAAGAUACAGCAGACGAUGCCAUGCACCGCAUGCAGCUGCUGCAGCAGGAGCUGCAUGCGUUGCGGCUGGAGCAGCAGCUGCAGCAGCAGCGAGUUGAAGCAGCAGAGUCUGCUCGUAAUGCUGCAGUGCAGCAGCAGGUUGCUGCUGCUGCUGAGGCCCAGAGGAAGCAGCAACAGCUGCAGCAAGAAGCGCAGCUCCAGCAGCAGCAGCAGCAGCAGCAAAUUGCUUCUUUAACUGAGGCCCUGGAGACAGCGCAGUAUGCAGUCGAACGCACAAACGAUUCUUUUGCUGCACUGCAGCAGCGGGAGGCAGCGCUGCAGCAGCAGCUACAACAGCUGCAGCAGCAGCAGCAGCAGCUCGCGGCUUCGGAAGGGCUUGCAGCGUCUCAGCAGCAAAGGCGGCGACAGCAGCAGCAGCAGCAACACCAGCAGCAGCAACUGGCGAGGCUGCAGGAGCUGCUGCAGCAAUCGAACGAAGCAAAGAGCAAACAAAUGGAGACUCUGCUGCAGCAGCAGCGGGAGUUGCUGCAGCUGCGGCAGCAGCUGCGGGCCUCAGCGCAGCAGCAAGAGACACUCGAAGCAAAUGAGGAGAGACUUGUUGCUGCUUGUGAGGCGGCAUUCGGUCAGGUGAAGCAGCAGCAGCAGCUGCUGCAGCAGCUUCAGCAGACGUGCAUGCAACUGCAGCAGCAAAUCAGCAGCACAGCAAGAGAAGAGCCCCUAGCAGCAAGCCAGCGUAUGGCACUGCAGCAGGAAGUUGCAGUGCUGCGGGAGUCGCUGCAGCAGCUGCAGCAGCAGCUGCAUGCAAGCGAGCUGCAGCGGGCGUCUGUGCAGCAGCUGCUGGAGCGACAGCAGCAGCAGCAACAACAACAGCAGCCAAAUGCGCUUCUGCUGCAGCAACGCUACAGAGAAUACCGCAUGCAGCUGGAAGCAGCAGAGCAGCAGCUGCAGCGUGCGUGGCAGGAGAGUAAUGAGUUGCGGCAGCAGCUGCAGCAGCAGCAAGAUGCAGCAGUGCAGCAGCAGCUGCUGCACCAGUCGAGGCACGCGCAGCGAAAGGAGCAGCAGCUGCUGCAGCAGCAGCUGCUGCAGCAGCUAAGAGAGGAAACAGAAGCGCUGCGGCUGCGGCUGCGCGAGAUCGAAGCGCAGCAAGACGAGCAGCAGCUGAGUCUUGCUGCAGCAGAGCAGCAAAAUGAUGCGCUGCAGGGGCGGCUGCUGCAGCACCAACUGCAGGAAGAGCAGCAGCAGCAGCUGCUGCAGCAAGCGGAGUUCCUUGCACGACAGAACGAGGCAGCAAAAGAAGCAGCAGAAGCAGAGAGCGAGCGCCUUAUGGAGCGCUGCAGGACACUGCAGCAGGAGUUGCAGCAGCAGCAGCAGGAGCUGGUGCUGCAGCAGCAGCAGCUGCAGCAAGCUCAAGAAGAAGCAAGAGCCGCCAGUGAACGAUCUCAAGUGCUUCAGGCAGAGCUGGAGUCAGCUGAGAGGCACAGGAGCAGCAGCAGCAGCGUGCUGCAGCAGCAACUGCAGCAGCAGGCGGACCUGCUGCAGCAGCAGCGAGAAGCAACGCUCGAACAGCAGCAAAGGUGCUUCGAGCUGCAGCAGCAGCUGCAGCGUAAAACUGAAGCGGAGCAGCAGCACCGCGAAACGCUGCAGCAGCUCCAGCAACAGCAGCAGGAGCAGCGGCAGCUGCUGCGCAUGACAAGGGCAGGGGUUGAUGAGGAGCUGCAGCAGCAGCAGCGAGCAGCAGCACGACUGCAGCGGGAGCUGGAGCAGCAGCAGCGGCUGCUGCGAGCAGCGCAGCAAAAGGAAGGCUCCGUGGCAGCAGAAGCGGCGUCGCUGCGGCAGCUGCUGCAGGAAGCAGCGCAGAGGGAGCAGCAGCUGCAGCAGCAGCAACAGCAGCAGCAGCAGCAACUUGAACAGCUGCAAGCUGAACUGCUGCAGCGACAUCAGGAUGUCGUAGCAGCAGAAGGCGAGGUGAAGCAGCUUGGUGAGAAGCUGGAGGCAGCGCAGCAGCAAAGCGCUUAUAGAGAGCAACAGCAGCAGCAGGAGCUACAGCGGCAGCUGCAGCAGCAGCAGCAGCAGCAGCAGGAGCUGCAGAAGCUGCGAAUGGUAGAGCAGCAGCACACAAGGACCCGCGCGGAGCUUGCUGCUGCUACUGAGGCUCUGCAUGCAACCCAGCGACGCGAGCUGCAGCAGCAGCGGCUGCUGCAGCAGCUGCAGCAGCAGCUGCAAACUGCUGAUGUUAGGGAGAGAGAGACAGAAAGCCAAAUAGCUUCUCGUUGUGCUGCUUUGACAGAGGAGCUGCAAGCAGCAGCAAAAGAGCUGCAGCAGGCGCGCGCUGCUGCUGCUGAGGCGCAGCAACAGCUGCAGCAGCAGCAGCAGCAGCACGAGCGCAUGCUUCAACUGCAACAGCAAGCCACAGAGACAGAGCAGCAGAAUGUGCUGCGCCUCACAGAGGAGCAGCAGCGGCUUGAAGCAGAAGCGGAUGGGGUGUAUAGCCAGCUGCUGCAGCAGCAGCAGCGUUCAAAGGAGCUCGAGCUGCUGCUGCUCCAGGCAGAGACGAGGCAGAAAGAAUCUCAGCAGCAACAGCAGAAGCAGCAGCAGGACAACGACAAGUUGCUGCAGCAGCUGCGAGAAACAGAGCGGCUGCUGCAGCAGGAGCAGCAGUCUCUCAAAGAAGCGCAGCAGCAGCAGCAGCAACUGCAGCAGCAGCUUGACGCUGCUGCUGAUGAGGGGCAGCUAUUCCAGAGCCUGCAGCAGCAGCAGCAGCGAGAUCAAGAGGCCCUUUUAGAACAGCAACAAGAGCAGGUGCUGCAGCUGCAGCAGCAGCUUGCUGCUGCCAGGGCAGCAGCGCAGCAAGCUAGACAGACACAGGUGGAAGAACGUAGAGUGAUGCAGCAGCAGCAGCAGCAGAUUGCUGCUUUGCAGCGGACGCUGCAAAAGUCUGAGGAGAAGGAGCAGCAGCAGCUGCAGCAGCAGCAGCAGCAGCAACGUAGCUGGGAGCAGGAGCAGCAGCGGCUGGUGUCUCAGGCGCAGCACCUGCGGCAGCAGCUGCAGCAAGAAAAGAGUAUGCGGCAGCAGCAGCAGCAGAAGCUUGCUGUGCUACAGGGGGCAGCUAGCAGCAGCGAGAAAGAAGCUGCUGCUGCACUGCAGCAAGCGGAGCGGCAGCAGCAGCAGUUGAAGCAGCAGCUGCAGCAGCUGCAGCAGGAAGCCGCAAACCGCAUGCAGCAGCUGCAGGAGACAACCCGUGAGCGGACGCUGCUGCAGCAAGCAGCAGCAGACCUGGAGACGCAGCUAGCUGGACAGCUAGCAGAAACAGAGCAGCUGCAGAGGCGUGCUGCAGCGCAGCAGCAAGAAAUGCAUGCGCUGCAAACGAAAGUGCAGCAGCAGCAGAAAACAGCGAACGCGCUGCAGCAGCUGCAGCAGCAACAUGAAAAAGCUCUUUACGACCUGCGGGAAGCUCAGCAGCAGCUGAAGCAGCAGCAGCAGCUGCUAAACCGUCAAGAGAGACAGCUGCAGCAGCAACAGGAGCAACUGCAGCAGAAACAGCUGCAGCAGCAGCAAGAUACGCUGCAGCAGCAACUGCAUGCAGCAGAGAAGACCCUCGUGGGGGAUGCAGAAGAAGCAGCCGCAGUUCGGACCCAACUGCAGCAGGUGCAGCAGCAACUGCAGCAGCUGCAGCAGCAGCAACAGCAGCAAGAACGGCAACACCAGCAGCAACUGCAGCAGCACAAAGACAUGCAGCAGCAGCACAGCCGCUCCUUACAAGAAAAUGCAGCACUUAGGAGGCAGCAUGAGGUGCUGCAGCAGCAGCUGGAGUCGGAGCAGGAGAAAGUUGUCUUGCUGCAACAGCAGCUGCAGCAGCAGCAACAGCAGCUGCUGCAGAGCAGCAAAGGAGACGCUGCUGCUGUCGAGCUGCAGCAGCUGCGGCAAGAGACACAGGAGCUGCAGCUGCAGCAGCUAGCAGCCAGCAGCAAGAUCCGGUUGCUGCAGCAGCAGCUGCAGCAAAGAGGCAUAGAGUUACAAGACACGCUGCAGCAGCUGAAGCAGCAGGCUCACGAGACAGAGCAGCAGCUGCUUGCUGCUGGGGAGUUAACAGUGCAGCUGCAGCAGGCGCAGCAGCAGCAGGAAUUGCUGCAGCAGCAGCUGGAGCAGGAGCAGCAGCAAUCACAAAACCUGCGGAGACAGCUGCUGCAGCAAACAUCGCGGGAUAAUGCAGCAGAUCUUGUUGAGUUGCUGCCGCUGGAGCAGCAGCAGCAGUUGCAGCAGCAGCUGAAAGCAGCAGAGCAGCGGAUCGAGCUGCUGCAGCAGCAACUGCAGCAGCAGCGGGAGCAGCAUGCUGCUGUGCUGGAGACGUCUAUAGGGGGCCGAGCAAUGCAGCAGCAGCUGCAGCACCAGCUGCAGCAGCUAGCAGAGCAAGCGCUGCAGCACAGAACAGCAGCGCAGCAGCUGCAGCAGGAAAUGAAGAGACAAGGAGAGCGCAUUCACAAGCUCAACUCCGAGAAUCGAGUGCUGCUGCUGCAGAAAGAAAAAGCAGAGGUGCAGCAGCAGAAGCAGCAGCAGUAG